AAAAAAGAAGUUAAUAAAUAAAUGUGUAAUUAUUAAAAUUAUUUUAUGGUAGGUCUUGGGGAUUCCGAUAAGGGUGCGGCAGAAGUUGGUGCUACAAUCGCAUAUAUAACUACGUUCUUGGAAUUUACAUUUAUGAUUUUUUUUUCAGUAAAUACAUAAAACGAACAACAAAUACAACAACGACGUAAAUAAACAAGUAUUUAUUAGUCAUUUAUCGUUUGCAUUCAGGCCGUAAAAACACACUACAAUCGGAUCGUUUUGUGCUCUAAUAAUUAGAACAGUUUUGACAUACGGAAUAAUCUGAGAAUAUGCCGAUUUUAUAUAGCGUCAUCUCGCGCGGCACCACCGUGCUGGCGAAGUAUGCUGGAUGCGUUGGCAAUUUUGCUGUGGUGACGGAACAUAUAUUAUCAAAGAUUGAUGAGGAAAAUGAAAAAUUGACUUUUACACACAGUCAGUACUUAAUACAUUAUAUUUGUAAAAAUAAAAUUAUUUACAUGUGCAUCACCGAUAAUGAAUUCGAUCGCACACGAGCCUUUCUGUUUCUUGCUGACAUUAAACAAAAAUUCAUACAAACCUAUGGACUACAAGUGGCCACUGCUAUUGCUUAUGCCAUGAAUACGGAGUUCUCUAAGGUGCUUGCAGAACAAAUGCAGUUCUUUAGUCAUUCACGCGAAGUGGAAGCCAUUUCAAAAGUGCAUGGACAAAUUGGCGAACUAAAAGACAUAAUGAUUAAGAAUAUAGAUAAUCUUAGAGAUCGCGGAGAGAAACUAGAACUACUUGUAAAUAAAACGGAAAAUUUAAGCAAUAAUUCAGUCGCAUUCCGUAAAGCAUCACGGAACUUAGCACGUCAAAUGUUUUGGAAAAAGAUACGCCUAUAUGUCAUCGUUGGAUUCGCAAUAAUAUUUGGCGGAUAUUUAGUUAUUAGUAUGAUUUGUAAUGGCCUUUUAUGGCAAAAAUGCUUGAAUUAAAUCACAUAAUUGAUAACAAAAGAAACGAAAGGGUAAUAAAUUAUAGAUUAGUUUUCAUAUACACACACAUUUUAUAAAAAGGAUUUUUUUAUA